CUAUCAGGGGACUCUUGAUCUACUCACCUCCCCUCCCGAUCAAAGGCGGCUGAAACCAGCGAGCGAGUGAGUCGAAUCACCGAAGACAAUGGCCGGAACUCGGUCGAUCUCAGCCGUAAUUGUGUGCACUGUAGUCCUCUUCGCAACCCUAGCUCACACUCAGGCGAAAAAGUCGCAGGAGGAUUUGAAGGAAGUGACUCACAAAGUUUACUUUGAUGUCGAGAUUGCUGGAAAACCUGCCGGUCGUAUCGUUAUGGGUCUCUUUGGGAAUACAGUUCCUAAAACAGCAGAAAAUUUCCGAGCACUGUGCACAGGGGAGAAAGGUAUUGGAAAGAGCGGGAAACCUCUUCAUUACAAGGGGAGCACCUUCCAUAGAAUCAUCCCCAGCUUUAUGCUCCAGGGAGGUGAUUUUACACUUGGUGAUGGAAGAGGUGGGGAAUCGAUCUAUGGAGAGAAGUUUGCAGAUGAGAAUUUCAAGCUGAAGCAUACUGGCCCGGGGUUUCUUUCAAUGGCAAAUGCUGGUCAAGACACUAAUGGCUCACAAUUCUUCAUCACAACUGUCACAACUAGCUGGUUGGAUGGUCGACAUGUUGUUUUCGGGAAGGUGCUAUCUGGCAUGGAUGUGGUUUACAAGGUUGAAGCUGAAGGCAAGCAGAGUGGCACCCCAAAGAGCAAAGUUGUAAUUGCCGACAGUGGCGAGCUUCCUUUGUAAUUUUCUGCUUUAAUUCGUUCCCUUCAAGCUUAAUAUGAAACCUAGCUGUUUUGUUUUCCUUUGUAGUUUGUUCCAUGAAAGAUCUCUUUGAGACGAUAUGGUUGUGUAUUAAUAAACCCCCUGGAUUAAAAUGUU